CCGGCCCUGCGCCCGCCGCCCGCGGAGGAUGCUCCGGUCCGGACCGCGGCUCCCGCCUGCUGGCGCUGCCCCGGGGGCCGCGUCCCGGGCGGCGGCUCUCGGACCCCGCGGGGCGGGAUGAUCUCCCGGCGGGGGCCCGGCGCUCCACCGACGGUCAGGGAGGAGGCGGCGGUCCCGGGUCCGCGCUCUGUCUCCGGCCGGCGGCUCUAGGCCCGCCCCGGCCCGGGUGCGCAGGGACCGGCGAGGCCGGUUCUGUUCUCCGCGGAGCUUCUGGCGGCCCCGGCUCCGCGGGGCCGUGGGCGCUGCCCGAGCCCCCCCGCCCGGGGCAGUGAAGAGCCACCGUCAGCAUCCUCCGGCAGGCCGAAAGGUGGAGCCCGGCCCGUUCCCGCAGAGCGGCUGCUCCCGCUCCCCGCGGUCCUGGCGCGGUGCCGCCGGCUGCCCCGGCGCUCCGGGGCCGGCCCCGAGCCGCCGCCCGCCGCGGCCAUGCCCUCCCCCACCGACUCCAGCCGCUCGCUGACCGGCCGCAGCUCCCGCAGCCUCACCCACCUCCGCCUCCAGCGCACCUGGCUGCAGGUCCUGCUGGUCCUGGGUCUCGUGCAAGCCAUCCUGGGCGUCCUCAUCGUCACCUUCAGCCUGGUGGCGGCCACCAUCACUCCCUCCACCAAAAUCCGUCACUCGUGCCCGUCCUGGGCCGGCUUCUCGCUGGCACUCUCCGGGCUGGUCGGCAUCAUCUCCUGGAAGCGGCCGCUCACCCUGGUGAUCGCCUUCUUCACGCUGCUGUCGGUGCUGGGCGUCAUGCUGAGCCUCGCCGGCUCCAUCCUGUCGUGCCAGAACGCGCAGCUGGUGAAGACCCUGGAGGCCUGCGAGAGGGAGAGGGACACGUGUGUCUGCUGCCAGGCCCGCUCGGAGCCCCCGCCCGCCUCCUGCAGCCAGCAGAGCGAGACGCUGACCAUGUUCCCCAACCCCAACUGCCGGAGCAUCCGUGUGGCACUCAAGGAUCUCCUCUUCAGUGUCUGUGGCUUGACCAUCUUCUCCACCAUCAUCUGCAUGCUCUCUGCUGUCGUGUGCUGCAUCCAGAUCUUCUCCCUUGACAUUGUCCAUGUGCUGGUCCCACAGCGCUCCAGCUCUGUGACACUGGAAUGCACGUCCCCACCUGACACCUUUCUGCAGAGCAUGAUGGACUUCGAGGAGUUUGUUCCUCCAGUGCCACCACCCCCCUACUACCCACCCGAGUACACCUGCAGCUCCGAGACGGAUGCGCAGAGCAUCACCUACAAUGGCUCCAUGGACAGCCCCGUGCCCCUCUACCCAACCGAUUUCCCCCCGUCAUACGAGACUGUGAUGGGGCUGCGGGGAGACAGCCAGGCCACCCUGUUCGACUCGCAGCUGACAGAGGGCUCCCACGCCUGCACCUGCGACCGCGUCCCCUCCAUCGUGCUCAGCGGGGAAGUCUCCAUGGACAGCGGGUCCCUGAUCAUGUCCGAGAUCAUGGACAUCCCCGGGGACAGCAGCCCCUCGGAGGACUCGUGCCUGCUGGAGCUGCAGGGCUCCAUGCGCUCCGUGGAUUACGUCCUGUUCCGCUCCAUCCAGCGCAGCCGCGCCGAUUACUGCCUGAGCGUGGACUGCGUGCAGUGCAGCCACCACGCUCGCAGCCCCACGCUGGGCUUGCAGGGCCCCUUCGAGGAGAUGCCCCAGCCCCGCGUGCGGGGCGAGCGAUCCUACUCCUGCUCCACCGCGGAGCCCGGCCCCGACGGCAUCUUGGUGGGGGGAGCCGUCACCCACAGCUGCAACCGGCUGGUGGGGCCGGGGCGCUGCGCCGGGCCCUGCUUCCCCGAGGUGCGGCUCAAGGACAAGGGCUCCUCGCUGCAGGGGCGCGGGGGUGGCCGCUCCACGGACGCCGCCGCCGGCCGCCCCGGCCAGCCCCGGCGCAACAGCGAGACCUCCUGUCCCUCGUCCCCGGCCCCGGGGCUGGCCCCGCGCCCGCUCCUGAGGUCACACAGUGACCCCGGCGUGCCGAUGGCCGGCCGUGCUGCAGAUUUCAGGGAAGUACUUUAUACCAAAGCACUGGAGGACACCGUGUCCGACUCCUCCGCUGAUACAGGGCUGUGCUCUGAGGCCUGCCUGCUCCACCGUUCCCACUGUGACUCCCCGCCACUGCUCCGGGCCGGCUCCGUGGGGAAGAACAAGCUGCCACCCUGCAAGAAGGUGCCACAGCAGCUGUCAAAGACAACCACUCGCUCCCUGGGGGACCUCAAGGGCUACCGAGGCACCCGUGGGCUGGUGGCCAGGUUCCUGCAGAGACCCAAGCGCAGCCUGGCAGCUGGCAUGGAGGUGUCUGGGCACAGCUUCCACGGGCACAAACAGGUUCCCUGGAGUGCCUGGCCGGGCGCAGAGCGGCCCCACGAAGGAAUCCACCUGCAGAGCUGCGGGGACCUGAGCUCCACCUCGUCCCUGCGGCGGCUCCUGUCCGCGCGCCGGCUGGAGCGCAGCCGCCCCCGGAGCCUCAGCGGGGCCUGCAAGGAGAGCGCGCUCUGAGGGCACGGCCUGCGCAGGGACCCUCUGCUGCGGGGAGGGAGUCCCGCCCUGGGCUCAGCCCUGGACAUUGCUCGGACGUUGCAGCUGCUGCCCUGGUGGGGCUGGGCCCUGCGCUGCUGCCCUGGGGGUUUGGCUGGGCCCCUUCCCCAGGCAGGGCUGGGGUUUGGGGCUGGUCCCCUGGGGUGUCUGCUGGGGGGCCGGGACAGCUGUGCCUGUCCCCUGCCUGUCUGGGAUGGUUAUGCCUGUUCCCUGUCCUGUCCCUUGUUCUGGACAUGCCUGUCCCUUGCCCUGUCCCUUGUGCCAGCUGUGCCUAUUCCCUGGGAUGGCCACGCCUGUCCCCUGCCCUGUCCCAUGUUGUGGCUGUGCCUGACCCACGCACUGGCCAUACCCUGUCCCCUGUGCCAGCCGUGCCUGUACCCUGGCACAGCCGUGUCUGUCCCCUGUGCCGGCCGUGCCCGUGCCCUGGGGCAACCAUGCCUGUCCCCCGCCCCGGCCAUGCUGUCCUUUGCCCUGUCCCUUUGGCUGGCUAUGCUGGCUCGAUCCCCACUCCCUUGUGCCAGCCAUGCCUGUCCCCUGCCCUGUCCCCUGCACUGGCUGUGCCUGUCUUCUGCCUUGUUCUUUUGGCUGGCCAUGCUGGCUUGAUCCUCGGUCCCCUGUGCCAGCCGUGCCUGUCCUCCAGGACGACCUUGCCUGUCCCCUGAUCUGUCCCUUGUGCUGGCCUGGUCCCUGGCCUCCUGUGCCAGCGCGCCCGUACCCCGGAACUGCCAUGCCUGUCCCUUGCUCUGUCCCCUGUGCCCGUCUCCUCUCCAGGCCCUCCGCCCCGCCCCGUUCGCUCCCGGUGCCGCUCCCGGUGCCGCUCCCGGUGCCGCUCCCGGUGCUGGCCGUGUCUGUUCCUCCCCGCCCGGCUGCGCCCGGGCCGCGCUGCGGGGCCGGUCCCGCGGCCACUGCCCCUCGCUAGAGACCGAAUAAAGGUGGUCACCGCC